AAACAGGUAAAUGAUCUAUUUACCUCAGGUCUUUUUAUGGCAUUAUGGUAGAAAUCACCAUAUUGCAUAUAUUUUCCUUAUAACAAAGCAGUUUCAAGUAUAAUGUUUGACGAACUAGUUCAUUGUGAAUUAUUAAUGGAUAAUUAUUAGUUAUUUAGUGAGUGUUUUAUUGAAUAGAGCAGUUACAGGUGAAAAUGUGUGGAAUUAAUAUGCUGGCUGUGCUAUCUAUGCUGCAGUCGUUGCAAUAUGCAGAGUGCAUAUUUUUCCAUGAACCUUCGGCAGUUAUAGUUGCACCAUAUGAAGCUUCGAGUACACCAGAUUUAUACACAGACUUUGGAUUUACUUUGUCUUUCUCCAACUCAUCAAAAACAAUAGUGAUUGGUGCCCCAACAAUGGAUCACAUAGGCAAGGUGUAUGGAUGUGAAACGAGGUUCGCUGCCACCGACAUCAAAAUGGAGUGUGAUGAAAGAAUCAUGCCGUUUGACUGGCAAGAAGAACAUCUUGACAUGUUUCCAAAUCAACGCUAUUAUUUGGGGGGCUCAAUUGCUGCUACUUCUAAAUAUAUUUUUGCAUGUGCGCCUCUAUGGACGCAAGCAGAACGCAUGUCCGAUGGGUUUAAAGGUGAUGCUUUCGGCACAUGUUUGGUAAAAGAUGAAGUGGAUACAAAUCAGUACCGAGGAAUAUUUGAGCAACACUUGAAUCAACCGACAAAGUUCAGCGACUAUAAACUAUUCAGUGGCGGAACUGGUUGGUCCACGCUGGUCGAUGAGGAGAAUGAUCUGCUGAUAAUAGUAAAAACAUCGUUGACUGGUGACAUCGUAUAUGUUCCUGCAUCGGAUCCUUUGAACCCAGUCAAAUCGAUGAUGAACAAAAACAAAGCUGUACAGAAGAUCUUGGGAGCUUAUUGGAACUUAGGAUAUGGUAUCACUUCUGGAAAGUUUUUCUCAAAAGAUAAAACAUACUAUGCGUUCAGUAUGACAGAGAAAAAUAUGGAAGGAGCUAUAUCCUUUUUAAAGUACGAGCAUAAGCUUUUGUCCCUUCUAAAGGACAAAAAGAAACCAGUGAGAAUAGACAGUAGACAUACAGCAGUUAUGUUCGGCACAACUUUGAGUGCAGCCGACCUUAACAUGGAUGGAUUUGAUGAACUGUUAGUGGGUGCGCCCGCGCAUUACGACGAAGAGACAUUCGAGUGUGGAGCCGUGCAUAUUUAUUUGGGCGGUGAUAUGUCUACCAUCACCAGUUUGAACAGGGUACGAACAAUAUUAGGAAGUUCUGAAUUUGGACGCUUUGGUACUGCUAUCGCAAGUAUGGACAUUGACGGAGAUAGCAAGCGAGAACUGGUAAUAAGUGCCCCGUACGAGAAUGAUGGUUUAGGAGCCAUCUACAUACUCUCUGGUUACGAAGUCUAUCACACCCUGAUGAAGACCAAGGUUUUCAAGAGUAUCCAUCUAUCUGACUUGAAGAUGACACAGAAGGUACAGAAGAAACCGUUCAGGAAUCUUGGAUUUAGCCUUCAGUUCGUCGAUGAUGUUGAUUUUAAUGGGUGUAAUGAACUGGUGGCUGGUGCUCCCGGCGGCGGUCGAGGGAGAGCGCUGGUGUUCAAAUGCUUUCAAACAAUCAACGUGACAAUAUCUAGUGAAGUCGUUGGUGAACAGAUAGUAAGAGAACAGGACACAAAUUUUACCGUGAAAGUAUGCGCCCGAGUACAACUUAAAAAUGAUCCAAAGGAUAUUGUUGGAAACAUAACCGUCGUGAACAGUAUAAGGGCUCAUACGCACUAUGCGGGUAGCCGCAUUACGGCUAGCCGCGCGGCUAACCGCAAGCAGAAAGGGGAAGCCACGCAUAUUCCUAAGCCAAAGUUUGUAAUAGACUUGACGUGCUUCGACUGUCAGAGAGACCAAUUGCAUUGUGAAUUUGUUACCGUGGAACUGAACGACAAGGAGCCGAGAGACUACACAUUUACAUCGAAAGCAGAACUUCAAAAUUAUCACAUUAAUAACAAGGAUAGCACUGAAUUUAAUACCACCUGGGUAGUGACUAAUCAACAUAGUAAACUAGAAAAGAGCAUAGGGGUCCCAAGACAUUGUAAAGGCAAUGACUGCAUACCAAAGCUAUCCAUGGAUAUCAUAUGGAAUGGCAGCAAAACGUACCUUCUCGGUUCUUCUGCGAAUGAGACGGUGACGAUACGAGUCCGUAACGAUGGCAACGCGUCGUACGAGUCGUGCGUUUGGCUGCGCGUGAGUGGAGCGCCCUUAGGCCUUGGAAAGUGCGACAAUCAUAAUGGAGGGUAUACGUGCGAUUUGGAUAAGCCUUUGAAAAGAGAAACUCAGCAAGAUAUAAACCUUCUUCUAAACAUGACGACACCCACAAAUAUGUAUAAAGAACUCCUUGUCGACGCGUAUUUAUAUGAAAACUGCAACCAAAAGAGUAUACAGGAAAAAACAUUACAAAUACCUUUUACACUGACUUCAGAAGGCAUUUCUAUUAAUCAAAAACCACAUGUUCUAAAUACUACAGACAAAUUAAUUGCUGAAAAUGCUACUAUUUACGAUAAUCAUGAGUACGUGAUUCGGAACAAUGAUCUCAUAAAAUGGGAGAAAGUUCGAGCCAACUUUACAAUGGAAUAUCGACCAUAUUUUUAUUCAUUUAAGGUAUCAACAUCAGCGGGCGAUUGUGAAAGAUUCAAAAAUGACGGUGCUGAUUCUAUGACAUACAACUGCACAUUACUCAUAAAACCUUAUUCAACGCAAAAAAUUAUAGGCACUACAGAAAUAUUUGGUAAAAAUUUAGAAAGUCUCAUGAACGAGAAGCUAAAUACUAAAUCUAUAUUGACACUAGAUUUGGACUCUAGAGUAACCCGGCUGAAAUCCGAAGCAAUAAAUGAAAUAAAAAUAGAGAGGGAGUUAACUUUGAGUAGGAAUAAGCUUCUCAUUUCGUUACUAGCUGUGUUCAUUGCUUUAAUUCUACUGGCUAUUUUGAUAUUUGUACUUUAUAAGUGCGGCUUCUUCUAUAGAAAACAGCAACGGAAUCUACUGGUUAUGAAAGAAAGUAUUCGCAGGAAAAGUAUUAGACAGAGUCACGUGUCUGGAACAGACGGUCCGGUCGAAGGUUUACAAAUGGAUGUUGACGAUGACCCUUUUGAUGAUAUUCGACCAGUGACGACCAACGACAAUGCGAAUCUAGUUGACGAAAAGUUAUAGAAGUUUAAUAUAGUAUUUAA